AUGGCCAACCCACCCCCAAAGGGCCCAUUCCAGGUAAUAUCAGGCGACAAUCGUGGGCCUCUGAUCACACUCGUAUCGGUUUCCUUCCUGAUUGUCGCCAUCAUCUUCGUCUUUGCCAAAGUCGGGUCUGCGGUUUACUUUAAGCAGCGGCGGACAGCCCUCAACACGCCAGUAUGGAUCGCUUUGAUCAUUGCGAUUAUCCAAGUUGUAGUCCUGCAAAAAGCCGUCGAUAAUGGACUGGGAAGACACCACGUCCGACUCGACGGCGAGGCGUUUGAGACAGCAAGCAAGUUUGCAUUCGCAGCCCAAAUGCUGCUCAUAUUAGUCCUCUCGCUGUCAAAGCUGUCAACGAUCCUGCUGGUCUGGAAGUUGACGCCGAACAACAGCCUCCGUCGGACCUGCACCAUCACCGCCGGCAUCAUUCUCGCAUGGACCGUAUUCUCCAUAUUCGCGAUCGCCUUCCAGUGCCAGACGCCAAAGCCCUGGCUGUACACACCAGGACGAUGCGCUGGAGACGGCGCGCUGUUCUAUCCGAUCGGGGUGUUGAAUAUCCUCACAGAGCUGAUCCUGCUUGGCCUGCCAUUUGUAAUGAUGCGCAGUGUGCAGAUGGCGCUGAGCAAGCGGGUGAAAAUCCUGGGAUCGUUUUCUACACGCUUAGGUGUCGUCGGCCUCGCAAUCGCCCACGUAGCCCUUCUACCAUCAUUCACACACUCAAAGGACGUCUCAUGGGACAGCGUAACCUGGCAAAUAACCGGCCAAGCAAUGAUGCUAACCUCCAUCAUAAUCGCCUGCGUGCCAACGCUCUACCACAUCUUCGCAGGCCUCCACUCCGGCCUCACAACCACCCAAAUCCCCGACGGAGUAGAACUGAACCGCACCAAGACAAGCGCCAGCGCGUACAUACACCAGACCUCGUCAUCCAGCGGAAGCAAGUCGCGAUCACGCGGCAGAUCCAGAGAUCGAGACGGACGACGGCGACGCGAGUCCCUGUUUAACCCUGUCGACAGCGCGGUUGUAACGGAGAUUUCGUCCCUGCCGAACAGCCGGAACCAUAACCGCAGCCGCAAUGGUGAUUAUGGAGGGAGACGGUCGAGUUCAAGCGAUGGGAAUGAGAGUACGAGGUAUUUGACGCAGGAGGGGAAACAGGGGGGUGUGAUGAGGACGGUGGAUAUUACGGUUGAAGUGGAGGAGGACCAUCGGGGUUCUCUCUGA